CAAAAAUGUUCAAUCGCCAGUUUCUUCAUUUUCGCGAACACUAUUGCUGCGCGGUUUUCAAAGAAAUAUAAGCAAGCCGAAGGUGAUCCUUAAAAUCGUUAUCCGCAGGAGACUCGAAUGAAAUUUAACUUGAUUCGUGUCAAAAAAUAUGGAUUUUGAAAAGUUCGUGAAGCAAUAUUUUACUGUGACCAGAGCGUAUGGGACUAUUGUCGGCACAUGGCCGUUCAUAACGAAAUCACAGAAGUUCAUUUCUUACGCUAUCGUACAUUUUCUCGUAAUAUCGGCGCUGGUCACGCAGACCGCUCAAGUCAUAGUGUACUUCAGCAUCAGUGCUAUAGUGGAUCAGGUACCAUUCUUAAUGGUAGCGGUCGCUAUGUACGUGAAGUUCAGUAAUUACAUGAUUAACACCGAUAAGUUCAAGGAAUUAUUUAUCAAUAUGGUAAAAGACUGGCAAGAUGAGAGAACCGAGGAAGAGGAGAACAUUAUGAAGGAGUACGCGAACAAGGGAGUGUUCUACACGUACGUGUAUACAACGAACAUAUAUUUUUGUUCGGUCGUGUUUUUCUGCCUGCCCUUCAUACCGCGUGUGAUGGACGUGUUCAUACCCCUAAACGAGUCACGGCCAUUAGUCGAGAUGUAUCCGGGUUAUUAUUUUGUCGAAAAUAACGAUGAUUAUUACGUUUUCAUUAUGCUAUACACUAUGGCAUGCAUGCUGAGUACGAUGUGCGUUUUCAUCGCAACCGACACGAUUCUGCUCUACAUGGUGCAACACGUUUGCGGCCUACUGUCCCUUGCUGGACAUCGUUUCAAGUAUUCCAUGGGCACCGGUUAUUCACUGACAAACUCAGAGAAAAUCAACAAAGAGUUGGUGUACAAGAAAGUAUGUUACGCUAUUAAAACUCACAAACGAGCUCUCACGUUCCUCACCGAAAUCGAGGGCGUUUAUGCUCUGAAUCUAUUCAUACAAGUGGGUGUAGUCGUAUUGACUUUUACCAUUACGUUACUAAAAGUAGCUUCGGUGACGCUGUCUAUGGACACUUAUCAAUAUUAUGGAUUUAUUAUCACUCAGCUGGUGCAUAUCUUCUUCCUAACGGUUCAAGGCCAAUUCGUGAUGGACUUGCACGAUAUCGUCUAUCAGCAGGGAUACCAGACAUGCUGGUAUUAUGCAGACGUGAAGACACAAGCAUUGUUAGUUCUGGUAUUACGAAGAAACCUGCUUCCUCCUUUAUUAACCGCCGGUGGAUUAAUACAAUUAAACUUGGACAGUUUCGCUGAGAUCGUGAAAGCGAGUGUUUCGUACCAUUUUAGAUAG